GAAAGGGGAGGAGCUAUGCACUCCAACUGUUUGACGAAAUGCUUGAAAGAGCCAUCUCACCUAAGUCAGACCUUAUAACAUCACCUGACGUACACAUGACUGUGAAUUUAUGGCCCUCACUAGAAAUUUACUCUUUUGCAGUUUUUUACCUGCCUAGCUAAUGAAUAUGAAAGAAGGCAUAUGUCAGCUUCCUCUAUUGCAAGACAUUAAAGUGCUUGGGUCAAUUUGUUCAGAACUUUCAAAGCCUAACAAAAAGUCAGUUCAUGGGCUUAUCAAGAUAUUCUCUAGCUUUGAGAGCUGCAUAAGGCUAAUGAUUAAAAAAAGAAAAGAUGCUUGUUGUUUGGAUAUGGAGCCAUGGAAGAACUUGGACCCUUCCGUGUUAACAGUGAUGGAAAAACACUCUACCCCAACCACUAUGCAUGGAACAAUGGUAACAAAAAUUCCUUUAAUUACUAUGUCUCAUUCACAUCACUUAUAA